UUUGGCUAGCCUGCCAAGCCCUCAUUGCUUCAUAAACACAGUUAGUUAAUGUAAAUAGCCUCUUCGACGGCCGCACGACUGAGCUCCAAUGCGCUCUUUGUCUUCUGUGCUGCGGUUUGGAGGGACAGGCGCUGAUUGUGGAGCUCACUGAGCUGUGUUGGGCUGCGGUGUGAAGCUGCUGCUCCGGCAGGUCACAGCUCUGAGUUCCGCCAGGCCCCGCACGCUGCUGCUGUCUGCCCAACACCACAGCUGCAGGUCAGAAACGGGCCGUAAAGUCAUGGCGGAAGGCGGAACUGUGGAAGAAGAGAAGACGCUGAUGGCGGAAGGUGAGAGCGAGACCCCCAGCGGCCCCGGAGAGAACCCCUCUACGCAGGAACCGAGGAAGAGCAGCUCUUCACGUAAAAGCUUCCGCCUGAACUACCGGCACGAGGAAGAAGUGACCCGUUCGAGGCGGGACUCCAGUGGACGCUUCGUGAACCCCUGGCCAACUUGGCAGUUCCCCUCUUACGCCACUGCCCUGCGGCUCUUCCUCAUGGAGAAGAACCACAGCAACGUUCCCAGCUCAAAAGAGGUGUUGGAUAAGGAACUGCCAGUGCUGGAGCCGUAUUUCGUCCAGAACCCGGAGCAGUGUGGGCAAGUAGGCUCGUCCCUGCGGGUGACGUGGCUUGGCCAUGCCACCGUGCUGCUGGAGAUUGAUGGGCUGGUGGUGCUAACGGACCCCAUGUUCAGCCAGAGGGCCUCCCCCAUGUCAUUCAUGGGCCCCAAACGGUACCGGGGUCCGGCCUGCACCGUGGCGCAGCUGCCCCGCGUGGACGCCGUCCUCAUCAGCCACACGCACUACGACCACCUGGACUUGAGUUCGGUGGUGGCGCUGAACUCGCGGUUCGGCGCAGAGCUGCGCUGGUUCGUUCCUCUUGGGCUGCUGGAUUGGAUGAGGAAGAACGGCUGCGAGAACGUCAUCGAGCUGGACUGGUGGGAGGAGAACUGCGUCCCCGGCCAUGAUGACGUAACGUUGGUGUGCACGCCUGCGCAGCACUGGUGCAAGCGCACGCCUACAGACGACAACAGGGUGCUGUGGGGCAGCUGGACCGUGCUGGGUCCCAACAAUCGGUUCUUCUUCGCAGGCGACACGGGGUACUGCUCGGUGUUUGAGGAGAUUGGGAAGCGUUUCGGGCCGUUUGACCUGGCCGCCAUCCCUAUCGGUGCAUACCUGCCCAGAGGCAUUAUGAAGUCACAGCAUGUGGACCCAGAGGAGGCUGUUCAAAUCCACAUCGAUGUUCAGGCCAAAAACUCGCUGGCUAUUCACUGGGGGACAUUCGCCCUGGCCUAUGAGUAUUAUCUAGAACCUCCAGUGAGGAUGCGCAAUGCCAUGGUGGCCCACGGACUGAACCCUGAUCACUUUUUCACUCUCAGCCACGGAGAGUCUCGGCUGCUCACCCAGGACGAAGUCUUCCACUGAGAGAACAAACAUGCUUCUUUCUAAAGUACCGCCAGAGAACUUGUAGAGAGGAGAACUGCCACGCUGUAAUGUUAUCCGGGUUUCAAACGCUAGAGGGCGCUCCUGAGCGAGUCCAAAAUGAAUGGGUUAAGAUGGAGCAUUUGAGUAAAAUCAUGGUUUAUAAAUUAUUAAACAUUUUUAAUGUAAAGAAUUCAUUCAUUUCCUGAACACAGAACAGCGUAAAACAUUUUAACACUGCUGUUAUAUAUUUAAGAGCUUUUAAACUCGAGUUAUAGGAGUUUAAAAUGGCACCUGAUGUAUGUCCAUGACAUCAGUGAGCGCCAACAGCCAAUGAGCUGCUCCGCUCACCAGCCAAUCGGCACUCAGUAGCAGUAAUGCCCGCCUUCUGCUGCCCAAAACCCGUUUACUGUAGAAAAAAGAAAACAAACAGGUGAGUUUUCUUUGCUUUUUUAGUGAAAUUCAUCCUUGUACUGUCUAAAAUUAAAGGAAAGUUCUGGUUCAGUGAUUAGAAACUAUUUUAACUUUUCGUUUUUAGCUGUUGAGCUCCAUUCACUCCCCUUCAUUGAGGACUCGCUCGCGGGCGCCCUCUACUGUUUUGCAGUCCUGUUCUUGAUAUAACAGGGGAAAUAGGAAGUGGCCAGACUCCUUAUAAACCUGCUGCCCCCAGAAAUACAUAAAUAUCAUAUAUUCUGUGACUGUCUUGCAGUAAUUCUGCUGUAAGUGCGAUUUGGACCACUGUUUGUUUUCCUUGACAGAGAAGCUGCUUAUCGGUUAUCAGCUGUAGCGCUUUCUCUGUCUGGACCCCAACAGUGGGCCGAAUACACUGUUCUUUUCAAUCAAGGAAGCCUUUUUAACAUAUGCUCAUAUUCAUUAUGCCUUAAAGGGGGAACUCCAUCACUUUUGUGCAUAAUUAACUGAUAACUGUGGCCCCAUUUUAGCCUAAAACGGCGUACCCAAAGUAAAAGGGGGCGCUGUUCCCACAUACGUUGGGCCACAGUCAUGAUCUUGGUCUCAUUUGAAUGGAAACACCCUCACCUGUCAGAAUAACUGUAUGAAUCACUGACACAGAAUAACAGAGUCUAGAGCAGAGGAGUUUAUUUCCUCCUGACUCUAAACUCUAAACUGAUCUCUGACUCUUGCCGUGUUAUCAGACCACCUGCUCUGGAUUAUGGUGUCUCUGUGGAGAGAGGCGAGGCUCUAAAGGUGAGGAACCACAUAUUUGAUAGAGAAGAUUGUAACUGCUGUGAAUAACGGAUCAUAAAAUGGUUAGCGGGAUUUGAAUCCUGGGAUUUAAAGCUUUCUAGCGGUUUAUUGCAUCACUGAAUUGCUGGACAACCGGAUGCAUAAAAAUGAUGUUUUAAAAAAACAGAAAUGAACACUUUGAUGGAAGUGUGCCGGUACCGGGACAGUGAUCUAGAUAAGGUUAAACGGUUAAGAUGUAAACAGAGUUGUUCAGAGUGGAUUGGUGUGAAACGCUCUGUUCUAGACAAAACUUACUGAGUCAAAAUUGUUUACAGUGGUGGCGAUAGGAACCAGACGUCCAGUAAAUAAAAUGUCUAUAGUAGUCAUGGCAACCCCUGGUUCCUAUCACCACCACUGUAAAGAAAUCUGAGCCGGCAAGUUUUCCUACAAACCACUCUGAAUGACAGACAUUUUGAAAAAUUGAUGGAAUUCCCCUUUAAUGCUACUAAGAAUGUCUCACAGGCUCCGUAUAGUCGUCACUGCUGGACCUGCCUUCUUUGACCAAAUGCUGACUAGAACCAUUGGAUGUCUCAGUGCCAUGUCCUACAGGCAAAAUCUAGAACCCCCCCCUUUACAGGGAACUUAAAUACAGCAUUUUCCUGCAUUUUUAGAGCACAAAUUAUGUUUAUUUGCUGAGUUAAACAUAUUGAAGAAAAGUAAAACUGUUAUAACUAUAUUAUUAAUUAUUAUUCCACGCUAUAUUAUAUUAUUAUAACUAUUAAAUGUGCCAUAACUCUUGCACAGGCCACAUUGUACAUUUUAUUUUCUACCUCAAUGUGUUCAGUUCAACAAAUAAGCAGUAUUUUUGUAUUAAAAUGUGUGUCCCUGUAGAGGAUGUGUUCACUGUGACUGUACACCGUGGUGACUCCGCUCGCUGUCAGGCGUCAGUACAGUUUUCUAAGACUGUUGCUGAUUGAUGAUAAAGGGAGGGGGAUAAAUGGAAAACCUCCAGAAUGAGGUUGCAGUUUAUUACAUUAGGCCAAAGCUGUAGCUUCUUAUUUGCCAGUCUGAACUAACAGCUUUCCAAAGAUCACGUUUUGUAUACACAGCAAAAAAUGAUGUCUUGGCGAGUGAAAACAUCUUAAAUGUAGUUAAUAUAUCUAAUAUUUCUCAUUAUGAGUCUGUUGUAAGAAUAUUAUAAGAUUAUUUCACCUGUUUCUGUACAUUUUUACUUGUUUUCAGUAAUUGUAUGUGGUGAAAGUGGCAGAUCAUUUCUUGUUUUGAUAAAUAAUUAAGAUAAUUUUGUUUAUUUCAAGAAAUAUUGCUUAUAAUAAGUAAAACGAUCUGCCAGUGGACACAAAAUUGCUUAAAACAUGUUAAAAUGUAGGACACACCAAAAUAUCCAUAUAAUUACGUAAGUAAUCUUUGCGGGGUUACAUUCUGUACAAAUGCCAAAUUAUGGAUGGAGAUGGAAUCAGUUCACGAUGAAAAAUUAACACCCUCAGUGACGGGGUUUGGUGUUCCCACACGUUUUAAUGCUGACGAGACAAACGAUGGUGUGAAUUCUGCACUGAUUAUUUUAAUAUUAAUGUAGAGUUUUAAUAUUAAUUUAGCUUUGCAGGGCUGGAAAUGUUAAAUCCUGCCUUUGUUCGUAUUGCAGUGGCUGCAGUUUAUUUAACGAGAUAUUUAAUGAAUGUUUAGUUUUAUGUUUUGAUUGAAGGAACGUCGGAUAGUGUGGAGUAACUGAUAUCGCCUCAUAAUCUUCCUUUAUUGCCAGAAACAUGAAUGUAUUCUUGAAAUAACCACCAGACUGUCCAAAAGCUUGUUUUUGACCUUUUUAUGGUCAGUUACCACUAGGAGGUGUGUUUGGUUAUAGGCUGGCCAGUGAUUCACUGCUUUUUACAGUUCUCUGAAUAAUAACACAUUUUUCAAAUAAACGCACUAUAAACUGUG